GUAAAAAGUGUAAACAAAGUUUUUGAAAGGUUAAAACAAUAUAAAAUUAAAAUAAUUGUAGAUUUGUGUAAAAUGAAUAUAUCAUGAAAAUAAUGAAAAAGAGCGAAAAAGGUGGCAAGAAAAUUCGAGAUAAUACAUUUUGGAAGUUUUCAUUAAAAAAGUCGAUGGAAAAAAAAAUAAAGAAAAAUUCUGAUAAAAAGAAAGUCAGUGAUUUAAUUAGCUAUAUACACGAGAAUCAUGAACAAGGUUCUUUAAAAUCAUCAGAAAGCGAUAAUGAAAGUGUCAGUAAUAAUUCGAUGAAAGAAGAUUCGGAUAUUUCAACCAGUGAAAUUGAGCUAAUUGGACAGCAACUCAAUAUUAUGGCAUUUGAAUCAGAUGACGAGAUACUCAGCGAUGAUGAAGAAGAAGCCUUUACAUCAUUUUCAAAGCUUAAUUUGGCAUGUAAUGCAGCUCAUUUGUCUGUAUUUAUUAACUUUACGAUUGUUCAUUCUAUUUCGGAAUUUAUUUUGUUCUAUUUAAUAACUAAUUUGUAUGCUAAUGGAAAUUUGAAAGAUAUGAAAAAGUGGGCGUAUGAGAUUUAUUCUAGUUUUCUCGCACCAUUUGCACAUUUAAAAGUGCUAGAUCCAAUUGAGCAUGAGACGACACUCAAUGACAUUGAGAAGAAGCUUAAACUAAUUUCGAAUUAUGAUCCAGUGGAAAAUGUUACAUCAUCAUAUGAUUUUGAGAUGCUUCGUCUUCUACGCGAUAUUUUUGAUAAGGCUAGAUAUGAAGUAGAACAAAUCAUUUCGAAGCAACUUGAAGAGUUCCAGAAUAAAAGAAAGGCUGGAUUAGAAACUAUGUACGGUGGAUCAUCAACUGAUUUAAAAGCUUCAAAGGAAAGUAAUAAAAAGCAGCAAAUUGUUGUGGAAAAGAAUUUGAUGCCAAAACUCCUUCAAAUGCUAGAAGAUAUUGAUGAAUACAAGGAAAUGGAGCCAAAUUAUAGUAAAAAGUUAUUAGUUUCAGCACUUUCCACUGUUAUUCACCAAACAUUUCAUCCUCGUAAAACAUAUUUUGAACCAAUCGAUCAAUUUACCUCGCAAGAAAACGUAAUUAAGGCGGAUAAGCCAGUAAAGGGACAUCAUUUGACACCAAAAAGUUGUUACGAAACUACUUGCUGUGACUUCUGUUCAAAUGUAUUUUGGGGACUAUCUCCGCAAGCUUAUGAAUGCAAAUGUGGCAUUAAAAUCCAUGAAUCAUGCAUUGAAAAAAUUUCUGGAAUCUGUGUGCUGCACAAAGAAGAAAAUGAAAGUGAUCAAGAAAUGAAUGAAUCUAAAGAUUCUUCAAAAUUAAUGGAACUUGUGCAUAAAGCUAUUGGCAAUAGACGUAUUGAAAAUUACAAAAGAUACAAAGGAGACCGUCCUAAAUCUGAUCCUGGUCUUUAUACUCUCUCAAAUAACAAUCAACAAGUAUCAGAUUCUUCAGAUGAUGGAAAUUUAGAUGAUAGUAUAUGGAGCACUGAUGUGUCAUUAGACUUUCAAAAGUUAUCUGAUGAAGAAAAAAAACGAAGAGAUGUCAUUUUGGAACUUUUCGAAACGGAAAGAAGACAUGUUAAGACCUUGAAAGUUCUUCAAAAUGUUUUUUAUGAGCCAUUAAAACGAUCCAAAUCGCUAUCAUCAGAACUGGCACAUUUACUUUUUCCUCCGUCUUUUUUCCUCAUUAAAGAUUGGCAUGCUUCAUUUGAGACAAUGUUAAAAAAAGAAUGGCGAGAACAACAUGGAGUGCUUCUAAAGAUUGGAGAUUGUCUGUCGAUUUUUGAAGAGCCUUAUGGAACUAUUUUAAAAGAAAAUGCAGCAACGUUUUGUGCUGGUCAAAAAAAUGCCUUAGAAUUGCUUAGAAUAGCUCGAAUCAAGAACGAAACUUUACAAAGAGGUCUAAUUAAAGCAGAGUCACAUAAGCGAUGUAAAAGAUUGCAAUUAAAAGACUUGAUGCUAUCCGUUUUGCAACGAAUAACAAAAUAUCCACUUUUAUUCGGGAGAAUCCUUAAAUAUUCGUCUGGAGCUGAACACGAUAAAAUACAAAAGGUUUGUGAGACAUCAAAGAUGAUUCUAAACUAUGUUAACGAUGUCAUAAAGUACUCUGAAGAAUUGCAGUCAAUUCAGAUGAAGCUUGAUAAAACUUAUCUGAAAGAAGCUCCAAUAGAGUUUCGUAAUUUCAAUUUAACAGAUUAUAAAUUAAUUUUUGAUGGAUAUGUCACGAUGAAAAAAUGUCCGAAUAUCUUAAGAAUUCUUUUAUUCGAGAAAAUGAUUGUGAUUCUGCAUAAACAUGAAGAUAAAUACUUUAUGAAGCCGUUUGAUAAUAUGAAACUUCCAAUAGUUAAAUUGUACAGAACUAUCAUUAGAUCAAAUGCUAUAGAUAACAAAUCAUUCUUCCUUAUUAGUCAAACUGAUCGCGAUUCUCAAAUGCUUGAACUGAUUGCUAUGAAUGAAGCAGAAUGUCAGCUAUGGAUUCAAAAAGUAUCAGAAAGAAUCGAAAAAAUUAAGGAAAGAAUGGUGCUUAAAAGAAAACCAUCAGCAGAAUCUGCACAAUCUAUGUUACGACAAGAAUCUAAUGUAAAUUUACCGAUUAUGAAACAGUCAGACUUGGCAAACAUCUCACAGGCUCUUUAUAAGCAAGCUCAACAUAUCGAGGAAUGGAUACAGUCCACCCAAAAAUGUUUCAAUGCUGAUUCUCAAAAUUCAGAAAAUAAUAAGGAGGAUGACACAAUAUCAAUUAGUUUGAGCACAUUCAACAGUCUUAUUUCCCAACUUACGAUUAAAAUCGCUGAACGUGAUCAUGAACGAGAGAUCUACUUGAGAGAAAAUCAAAGAUUGCGAGAACAAAAGAAGCUAUAAUGAUUGAUUGAUUGAUUCGUACAUUGAAUUGAUUUUAGCUUCCUUUCCUUACGAUAUUUAAUUAGUAAAGUUUAUUAUUUUUUUCAUCAUAUGUUUAAUACCUUAAUAAGAUAAUCAGAAUUAAUAAUUUUAUUCUGAUCAUUUAUAAUCAUAUUUUUAUGUAUAAAUUAUGUUUCAAAAAUAUAAAGCAGCAUAACUUUCUGCUAAUUUUUUAAAAAAUAUCAUUCAUAGUCAAAUAAAUUUCCAAUUUUUUGGUUUAUGGGAA